UUCGGCCCAGCGUCUGGGCUAUUGGGCCUAAUCAAUCCAAACUAUGAAGCCCAUCACCAAAUAUAGCAUAUAGAUUUGGUUUUUUGGCCCACAAAUAUUCCACUGCCCCUCGACCCUCCUCUCGCUCUCAUCUCCAUCGUGCCGAAGCCGAGUGCCACCGUCUACUCUCCUUCUCUCUCAGAUGCUGUAGAUGCCAAUGCAUUAAGUGGUCCAUCAGGUCACACCCUCCCAACCCUCUGCUAUGCAUUCGCUCUGAUAUGUAUCACAGUCUUGGCGCGCACCGCCUCAUAUACCGAGCUCGAAUCGCAUGCUUUGUCAAAGCUGGUCUCAUCGACCAAGCCAUCCAAGUGUUCGACGAAAUGUCUCAAUCAAAUUGCCGCAUAUUCAGCAUCGACUACAACCGUUUCAUCGGCGUAUUGGUCCGUGAAUCUCGCUUCGAAUUGGCGGAGCACUACUACCACAAAAUGACCCCACAGGGAUUCUCUCUAAUCCCAUUCACAUACUCGAGGUUCAUUUCUGGGUUGUGCAAAGUCAAGAACUUUAGCCUCAUUGAGCAGCUCCUGGAAGACAUUGUUAGGCUUGGUUAUGUCCCUGACAUUUGGGCUUUUAAUAUAUAUUUGAAUCUUUUGUGUCACGAAAAUGGAAUAGAAUUGGCUUUGCAAGUGUUUUAUAGAAUGGUUGAGAAAGGAAGAGAUGCUGAUGUUGUAACGUACACUAUACUAAUUGAUGGAUUGUGUAAAGCAAGGCGGUUUGAUGCCGCAGUUGAAAUUUGGCGUGACAUGAUAGAUAAGGGGCUUAGUCCGGAUAAUAAAGCGUGCACAUCUCUUGUUAUUGGGUUGUGUGAUGGUGGGAAGGUUGAUUUGGCGUAUGAGCUUACGAUUGGUACAAUGAAGGGUCGAGUUGAGUUCACUAAUUUGAUUUACAAUGCAUUGAUUAGUGGGUUUUGUAGAGCGGGUAGGAUUGAUAAGGCACAAGCAAUCAAGUUGUUUAUGAGGAGAAAUGGGUGUGAGCCGGAUUUAGUUACAUACAAUGUGUUAUUGAACUAUUGUUGUGAUGGGCUUAUGUUGGAGGAGGCGGAGAAGUUGAUGAAAAAGAUGGAGAGGAGUGGGAUGGAACCGGAUGUGUACAGUUACAACCAACUUUUAAAGGGCCUUUGUAAAGCAAACCAGCCGGAUAAGGCUUAUUUGUUGAUGGUGAACAAGAUGGAGACAAAGGGUUUGUGUGAUGUUGUAUCAUAUAAUACGAUCAUUAGAGCUUUUUGCAAGGCAUGCCGUACUAGAAGGGCUUACAAGCUCUUUGAGGAAAUGGGGCGGAAAGGGAUUGCACCUGAUAUGGUGACAUUCACGAUUCUUAUUAAAGCUUUUCUUAGUGAAGGUAGUUCCAUUAUAGCAAAGAAACUUAUUGAUCAGAUGACGGCCAUGGGUCUGUUGCCUGAUCGUAUAUUUUAUACUACAAUUGUUGAUCACCUAUGUAAGACUGGGAAGAUUGGGAUGGCUCAUAGUGUUUUUUGUGACAUGGUGGAGAAGGGAAUUGCCCCUGAUGUAGUUUCAUACAAUGCCCUCAUAAAUGGGCUUUGCAAAGCUUCUAGAGUAAGUGAAGCCAUGCAUCUAUACGAGGAAAUGCAGAUGAGAGGAUCCUAUCCUGAUGAAGUAACUUUCAAGUUGAUAAUUGGAGGGCUUAUACGAGAAAAGAAGCUUUCAAUGGCUUGUAGGAUAUGGGAUCAGAUGAUGGAGAAAGGCUUUACUCUUGACGGAGCUGUUUCAGAGACACUAAUAAAUGCUAUCCGUUCAAGAGAUGGCACAUGAACAUGAAAGAUGGUUGAAUGUUAUGGCAUUGGUGCCAUUUUGUCCUCUGUAGCCUGUGGCAGGACAAUAAUUGGUUUCAAGUUCAGCUUGCCAAGCCUAUCCUGUUCUGCCCUGUUGCCCAUCCUGGAAAAUUUCCCCAAAAAGGAUUCUGAGAGUCUUACAUUUCUAUUGAUUUUGUCUUUAUGGUGUCAUUUUGCACCAUAAAAGACAACCCUAUAGAAGUUUUCGCUAAUGAUGCUCUUGGGUACGCACUUAAGGCCUUUUCAGCAUUAAAAAAGGGUAGAGAGCCACUAAUGAUUGAAUUCGAGAGUGAAAUUAGAUGGCAAAGAUAUUUUGCAGGAGAGAGAUUGAAAGGAAUGGAGCAGAAGUUUGUUGCAUGGACUUAAAAACCAGUUUGCUGUCCAGUUUUGUGUCCGAAAAAGUUGAAGAUGAUCACAAACCUGGGGGAGAGUUUGACUGGAAUUUUAUCACAACAAUAUGGGCAAUGUCCAAAGGACAUGCCAACUAUAAUAUUCCCAUGACUAUGACUUGAGUACACAAACAACGGUAUUCCAUAA